AUGGAAGGAGAAUCGUCUUGUUCAUCGUUAGUACGACGUAUUUAUAACCAACGUCGUCGAGAUGCUUGGAACACUCUCGUUAAACGCACGCAAAUUUUAGCCAUACAAUUCUUUGUUUCCUUCUAUGUAUUGUCGGCAUUUCAGUGUCCUAAUAGAGUGUACAAUGCAUGGAAAGGCCCAUUUUCAAUGGACCUAAAUCAAUUUCAAGGCCAUUUAGCAGCUACCUAUAAAAUUUUAGAUUAUAAAGCAUUCUUAUUUCGUUUGUUUCUCUUUGGACCCGAGUAUGUUCAAAUAGAAUUGGGUAAAAAUGCAAUCGAUGAAAGCAUUGAAAAUACCGUUCAAAUGUUUGAAGACAAUUAUUUGUAUGGAAAAUCUUUAUAUACACUCAAUCGUGUGGUAGAACCAGCUAUUGAUACACAAGGUGCAGCAUUGUACAUUAAAUUUCCUGCAGAUGAACAAUCCUACUAUCAAAAACGUCAUCCUUAUCAAUUUCAAUCUUUUAGUUUUGAUACAUUUCAAUGCAUUGUCGAACAACUUAACAUUUCUUCAACAGUAUUUAAAAUGUGGCUCGAAAAAUCAAUGCAUACAAAAAGUAUUGAACAGAUUUAUGAUCAAAAUAUAACAAUAUUCAACGAGAGAGUAAUAAAAAGAUGUGGUCUUCUAAUUGGAUAUUUCUAUAGACCCGAAAAAGCAUAUCCUAAUCUGAAAAAAAGAGACAAAUACUAUAAAUCUAGCAGCGAUAUGCGAAUAUUCGAUGUUUCGUCUUCCUACACUACGUAUACGUCUCAUGUUCUAGUUGGUCUAUUGAUAUGUGUUGUUUUGGAUCUUCUUGUGCGUGUUCUUCUUGCUGCGAUUUCUUUCAUCUAUUCAUCGUUGUCAAUUCUGCAUUCUUCUAUUCAAGAACAACUACGAAAAAUAGAUAUUUUCUCUUUAGAGGACUUAGACAGACUCUUACUGAACACAACUUACGAGAAUAAUUAUCAAGAUUGUCUGUUUAUCGUGCACGACAAAUAUAUCGUCAUGUCAAUGAUAGAUUUCAAUGAAACCUCUGAGAAAAUUCUUCGGCAAUUUUAUAACUGUACUCCACUCGCUAUUAUUUCUAUCGAUACAAUUAGUAACGUCAGGUCAGAUUGUAUCGUAUGCCAAAAUAAUAAUUGUAGCCAAUGUAUUUAUUUUUCUACAUCUAUACAUAAUAUUAAUUUCAAUCCAUCACAGUGGUUACAUAAACGAUUGAUAGCCAUUAGCGAUCAAUAUCGAGAUAAUUGGGAACAAAUUAAGGAAGUAUAUUUCGAGGAAGAAAAAAGGCAACGUCAGUUGAAACGUGUGAUUGAAGAAGAAACUCAAUAUCAACAGUACCAAUACCGAAACAGAUUCACUCGAAUGUUAUCGCACUCAACGCCAGCAUCGGCUAAUUUCAUUGCGCGGUUUCGCUUAGCUGGCUGGAAAAUAGUUAGUAAUGAUCUGCCAGAAAAAAUGUGCAGCAUUUGUCUCGAAGAUUUACGAAUAAAUCAAUGCUUCGUUCAAUGGCCGUGCGAAGCUAAGCAUACAUUUCAUUACCAAUGUAUGUUAGAUGCAUUAAGAGCAGGAAAUAUGUGUCCUUUAUGCCGAUAUCCUGUUGAGGCAGCGAGUUUGCCCGUUACAUCAGCUGCGAUUCAGUCCAUAUUAAUAGCAAUAAGACGUCAUUCAUCACUUUUUCGAUAA